AAACAAGAGGAGUUCUCAGACCUGGGCAACGAAGGCGAGCAGGGAGACCAGGUGGCGAUCUGGAACAGGCCUAAGGGUUACAGACCUUUGGCUCUGCAGCCAUGGCUACACUAAGUCUCAAGCCCAGCCAACGCUACCGGCUCUCCGAUUGGCUCACCAACAGCUACCUGUUGUCCACCAAUGCGGAGCGGCAGCGAGAUGCUUCCCACCAGAUCCGCCAGGAGGCCCGGGUCCUUCGCAAUGAGACCAACAACCAGACUGUGUGGGAUGAACAUGACAAUAGGACUCGCCUCGCUGAGAGGAUCGAUACUGUCAAUCGAUGGAAGGAGAUGCUGGACAAGUGUCUAACAGAUUUAGACGCUGAGAUCGACAGCUUGACACAGGCGAAAGAGUCAGUGGAGCAAAGCCUGCAGGCCAAGAACCUGCCCCAGGAUGUGGCCAUUGAGUGUCUGACUCUUCGGGAGAGUCGGCGAGACAUUGAUGUGGUGAAAGACCCCGUGGAGGAAGAGCUGAUGAAAGAGGUGGAAGUCAUUGAAGCCACCAAGAAGGUCCUACAGGAGAAGAUCAGCCAGGCCUUCCAGCACCUCUGCCUCCUGCAGGAAAUCCGGCAACAGCUCAACUCUGACCACCGGGACAAAAUGGAGACACUGGAAAUCGAUAGGGGCUGCCUCUCUCUCAACCUCACAGCCCCAAACCUCUCUCUGAAGGUCAACCCCACACGAGUCCCCAAAGACUCCACCACACUGCAGGAGUGGGAUGACUUCACUCGAUUCAACAAGAACCGUGCAGACACGGAAAUGAAAGCAUCUAUAGAGUUGAGAGAAACCAUUGCCCUAGCUAUUGCUCAGACCAACAAUGAACUGGAAGCUCAGAGGGUUGCGACAGAAUUUACCUUCAGGAAGCGGCUUCGGGAGAUGGAAAGUUUGUACAGUGAGCUCAAGUGGCAAGAGAAAAAUACUUUAGAAGAGAUAGCCGAGCUGCAGGCAGACAUUCGGCGCCUGGAGGAGGACCUGCGUAGAAAGAUGAUGAACUUGAAGCUUGCACAUACCCGCCUGGAAUCCAGAACCUACCGGCCCAAUGUGGAACUCUGCCGGGACCAGACCCAGUAUGGCCUCAUUGAUGAAGUCCACCAGCUGGAGGCAACCAUUCAUAUCAUGAAGCAGAAACUUGCCCAGACACAGGAUGCUCUGGAUGCCCUGUUCAAGCACCUGGCCCGGAUUCAGGCUGAUAUUGCGUGCAAGACCAACACCAUGCUCUUGGACACCAAGUGUAUGGACAUCCGACGCAAGCUGACCGUGCCGGCUGAGAAAUUUGUGCCCCAGGUGGACACCUUCUCGCGCACGACAAACCGCACACUGAGUCCACUCAAAACCUGCCAGCUGGAGCUAAACUAGACUCUGGCGGCUGAGGGAAGACGUAAGGUUGUGGGGUGGGGGAAGUGAUGAGUGGACAGUACAAUAAUAAAGAUGGAGUUCUCAA